UUAGACGCAGAAAAGGACGAGGACGAGGAGAUGGACGACGAGACCCAGGCCCUUGUCGACACCCUCGAUGGCGACGACGAUUCAGACAGUGAGGAGCCAGCAUCAAGCGAUGCCUUCAAAACGGGCCAGUCUGUCGGCAAGAUCCCCAAGUCCAAAAAGUCAGCAGAGUCAAAGUCCAAGAGCGGAAAGCCCGGCGUCAUGUAUCUGGGCCGCCUUCCGCACGGCUUCUACGAGCAUGAGCUCCGCGAGUACUUCAGCCAGUUUGGCGCCAUUUCGAAGCUCAGAGUCGUCCGGAACAAGAAGACGGGCGCCAGCCGUCACCGUGCCUUCAUCGAGUUCGACGACGCCGAAGUUGCUGACAUCGCGGCCCGGACCAUGGACAAGUACCUCCUGUUCGGCCACAUCCUCGCGGCCAAGUUCGUAGCGCCCGCGCAGGUCCACCCCAACCUGUUCAAGGGCAGCAAUCGCCGCUUCAAGGUGAUUCCGUGGAACAAGAUGGCGGGCAAGCAGCUGGAGCGGGCACUCCCCGAGUCCAAGUGGGCGGCCAAGGUCACCAAGGAGGAGAAGAGGCGGGCGGCGAGGGCAGAGAAGCUGAAGGCGAUUGGCUACGAGUUUGAGAGCCCCAAGCUCAAGGCCGCCGAGGCC